AUGCAGCAGCAGCAGCAGCAGCCCACCGCCGCCUCCGCGCCGCUGGCAGUGCCGGGCCCUGUGGAAGUGGCGGCUGCAGUAGCCGGGAACGGCACUGGUGGCGGCGGCGCCGUCAGCGUUGCGACAACAGCCGCGCUAUCGCCCGCGGGGGCCCCGCUUCAGAAGAAGCAGCAGCCGGCGGCGGCAGUGCUGGCGGCCGUGACGGCAAGUGUGGGAGGGACGGUUCCAAGUGGCGGGGUGUCGUUCGUCGCCACGCCGCCCGCACUGGCACCAGCGCCGCCGCUGCCCGUUCCAGCUUCACGGCGUCUGACGCCGCCGCCGCGUCCCGCUCUUAUGCUGAGCUGUCCGCCUCCUGCGUCGAGUCCCGCCACGUCAGCAUCCAUCUCGCCGGUGGCCACCGCUGGUGCGCUGCUGCCAGCGGCGCCGCCAACAGCUGCCGUCACCGCCGGCUCUGGCGGGGCGGCGCAACAGCGUCGCUACCCAGCAGACAAUGCCAAGCCCUACACCGCCAUCCCUGCCGCCGCCGCCGCCGCCGCCACUGCAGCCGCAACUACGGCGGCACCGACAGGUGUCGUACGGUUCGCCGACAGGGUGCUCGUGAGCACUGUGGAAAGUGUCCCUGUCAGCGAUGACGAUGAAUUGUCCUCGGACGACUCCAAGCCGAGCCAUCGGCGGCCGCGGUGGUCCGGCACGGGGGCCAUGGGCCGUAGCGGCAGUGCCGCCAGCAGCGCCAGCGGUGGCGGCGGCGGCGGUGCCGAUGGCCCCGUCGUGGGCUCCGCCCCACACCAGCACAUGCCGUCCACCACUGCAGCAGCAGGCACCCCCUGCAACCCCUGCCUACCACCGCCGCCUCCUUGA